AAACCGUUGUGGCGGCCUCAGCGCAGGCUCGUCAGGGUAGGGGACGUCGGGCCCAAAGGGGGCAUGGCGGCGGGAGGGGUGGUAUGGUUGGCGGAGGUGGCGGAGGUGGCGGAGGUGGCGGAGGUGGCAGAGGUGGCGGCAGUGGUGGAGGGGACGGUGGUGCAGACGAGGGGACCAAGGCUGAUGCCCCGGUGCAGCAGCAGGAGUAGCAGCAGCAGCAGCCAUGGGGACCCCGCCGCCCCAGCUGAUAUGAUGACCAAGAGGCUGGUUGAGCAGCAGCAUUGGAAGUGUUGCAAGCUUGCUGGGAUGGCUCUGAACUAAGGGGAGCAGAUUCUAAGGCCAACAAUCCGAGGGGGAGUUUGUUGGUGCAAUCCUAUGGCUUGCACUCGGCUUGUCGUCCUUGUUUGUGUGUGUGCAUGCAUGGCAUGGAAUGAAUUGUGAGUCUAUGUCAGUGCUAUCUAGUGCUUGUGUGAAUGUUUGAAUGGUGUAUCACAGUGUGGCUUGUGUCGGUCAAGACAUUAGCGAGUUUUUACAACUCGCAUGUCAAGUCGUCGUUUGUGUGUCGCAUGUGUUUUUUCUAUUUUGUCGAGUGUGAAGUGUCCAUCGUGUC